AUGCUUCAUGAAGUUGCCGACGCCAUGGCAGCUGAAAAAAGAUCUAACGUACUAAGUUCACAAACUAUGAUCAAAUGCUCAACGCCAAACUGUGCUGGUUUUUCUUAUUCGUCUGGCGUCGCUUGCACAGUUUGUAAUAAAAUUAUAAAGCCUACUCCCGAAUUCGCUGACGAAAUUACAAGUCAGGCGAAAGUCGAACAAAUCGGAGCUAAACGCCGUCUAAUUGAACAGCCUGUCAAAAAUGUUUCCUGCUCUCCACAGUCCACGUUUUCAUAUCCUCUGGUUGUGCUCAGCAUAGGAAAAGUUGGUGUUUUUGAUGCUAGACAGAAGCCUUGCAUUAUUUCUUCUCGGGAACUGUCAUUUAGUUUUCAUGAUGAAGUCACCUGGAUUCCCGUGCGCGUAAGUGCCGAGGAAGUCAAUUGCAUUAUGUUCUGUGAACGAAUCCAAGUCAUUUUUCUUCGACCCACGGAAGCGCUUAUGCGUAAACUCCUUAAGGAAAUACGUUCAACGGGGACUUCCAGAAACACAGAAUGUUUGUCCUGGUUUACUUAUGAUAUUUUCCUAGGUGAUAAAAUGUGGCUCACUAUUGUAUUGAAGGACAUCCCUCAAAUUAGAAAUAUUCCUGACUCUUCUGGUCCAUCGCCUUAUUUGACAGUACAGCAGCUUGAAGUGUUCACUUCAAGUGUACGUCUAGCUGGCGGCCAUUGUGUCAUGGAAUUUAGUUAUGACUUGGCACAGAAAUUACUAAUCGCGAACGGUGUCAAACUCACGCGGCCCAACAACACUCUUCCAGCUGUUUCGACGGCCGGCAUUUCAAAUGUUGGCAGCCUAGUCCCAAAGAAGACAACCCCUUCCUUUACACUUCUCUCUCCAGCACAUAUCGAAAAUAUGGCUUCGGAUCCUAAUUUCUGCAUUUCUGAUUCCGCCAAGUCGAGUGAUGCAACAUCUAAGAAAGAUGCGCAGUUGGCGGCGCCGACACCGCCUCAGGUUCUAAAUGAAGAUCUCGUGAUUCUCACAGACGAUUCUACCCCCACCGUUCCUUCGACGGAACUCAAUUCUUCUCAUGACAGCCAAGCACCUAACGGCCUAUUAGAUUUUUUUGUAAUUUGUGGUCUCUCUCCCUCCCUGUCUCUGAAAUUAAACAGGUUCGUAUAUCGGCCUCCUGGGUCCUCAGAUGGUAUUCUCUUAACUACUGAAGAUGUGGCCUGUCUAACGCCCGGUUCUUUCCUCAACGACACAAUCAUCAACUUUUACCUAAAGUACCUCUUCUUUGAGCAACUCUCGGCCUUCCAACGCCAGGCAACGCAUCUGUUCAACUGUUUUUUCUACAGCCGACUGUCUUCUCCCCCCGCCCCCUCUGCGGUAGUUCCCAACUGCCCUACUGACAACUCAAGCCCCGAUCAUUCCACAGUUAUCAUCCUCUUUUAUUCCGAUAACCUGUAUAAGGCUGAAAAUAACUAUGUAAAGGCUUAG